CAUUUGUUAUAUACGUUGCGCGCCGGAGGGAGCGGCGAUCCUCACCAUGUCGCGGCACGGAUUCCUGGUUCUUCUCUCGCUCGCGUUCGCGCAGUUCUUCGUCCUCGGCGAUGCGGCUCGACUACCACGAACCACGUCUGAAUCAACAGCCGCUGAGAAGUGCGGCUACGAGGCAUGCCAUGCCGUGGACCCGACUAAACUCAAUAUUCACUUGGUUCCUCAUACUCACGAUGACGUCGGUUGGCUGAAGACUGUGGACCAGUAUUACUUCGGAAGUCGCUCUACGAUCCAAAAAGCUGGAGUGCAGUACAUCCUCGACAGUGUUAUUCAGGCAUUGCUAGCUGAUCCUAGCAGAAGAUUUAUUUAUGUGGAGACCGCCUUCUUCUGGAAAUGGUGGCUGCGGCAGAACGAAAAGGUGCAGGCAGACGUCAGGAUGCUGAUAAACGAGGGACGAUUGGAGAUUAUCGGAGGAGCGUGGAGCAUGAACGACGAGGCUUGCACCCAUUAUCACUCACUGGUCGAUCAAUUCACUUGGGGAUUCAGACGGCUGAAGGAUACUUUCGGAAGCUGCGCCAGACCGCACAUAGGAUGGCAGAUAGAUCCAUUCGGCCAUUCCAGGGAACAGGCUUCCCUAUUCGCACAAAUGGGAUUCGACGGUAUGCUGUUCGGCCGUAUCGAUUAUCAGGAUAAGAACAAGAGACUGCGCGAGCAAUCGAUGGAAUUCGUCUGGAAAAGCAGCCCAAGUUUAGGCAAACGAGCGAAUUUGUUUACUGCCGCGAUGUACAACACGUACAGCCCACCACCGGGAUUCUGCUUCGAUGUUCUGUGUGCCGACGAACCGAUGAUUGAUGACCCUGAUAGUCCGGAUUACAAUAUCGGCAAAAGGAUCGAUGAUUUUCUGCGAUACGCGGUCAUACAAGCUAAUUAUUACCGCACGAAUCAUAUCAUAUUGACGAUGGGAGGAGAUUUCACUUAUCAGCACGCGGAAAUGUACUUCAUGAAUCUGGACAAGCUGAUAAGAUAUACAAAUCAGCGCAACGGCACCUCGUACAAUUUGAUUUAUUCAACACCCUCGUGCUACCUGAAAGCUCUGCACGACUUGGAUCUCGAAUGGCCCACCAAGAGUGACGAUUUCUUCCCGUACGCGAGCGAUCCUCACGCCUUCUGGACCGGUUAUUUCUCGUCGAGGCCAACCUCGAAGUACUUCGAACGCAUGGGAAAUAAUCUGUUGCAAACGAGCAAGCAGCUCGUUGCCCUGACGGACUUGAAGAACCACGACGCGCAGUUGGAACACUUCCGCGAGGCGAUGGGAGUGCUGCAGCAUCACGACGCUGUUACCGGCACUGAGAAGCAAUUAGUCGCGGACGAUUACGCGCGUAUACUGUACGAGAGUAUGUCUCAUGCCGAGAAAAUGAUGUCGGAAGCCGUAGGGAAGUGGACGAAAGGACUGUACGAUUCAGCGUCGACCGAUUUGUGCCUGCAGUUAAACAUCAGCUCGUGCGCGUUUUCCGAGGAAAAUGACAUGUUUACGUUCGUAGUCUACAAUCCUCUGAGCAGACCUCUUUCCACCUACGUUCGCCUUCCCGUUACAGGAAACGCUUAUGUGGUUCGAUCAAUGAACGACGCAUCGUAUCCAGUCGUGCAAGUAGUGCCGAUUCCCGAGACAGUCCAGAAUAUCCCAGGAAGGCAGAGCAAAGCGACGAAUGAAAUCGUAUUCCGCGCCGAGAACAUCCCUCCCUUCGGUCUGAAAUACUACCUCGUCGGCAAGAAGAAGGAAGAGAAUGUAGCUGAACCCGAAGCUGACCCCGAACCAGAGAACUUUAUCAAUACCGAGCUGUACAACAUAACCGUCAACGACAAAGGCGAGCUAAUGGUACAAUGGAACAAACAGAAGAACAUGAACCUCGUGCAAUCCUUCCAGUAUUACGAAGGGGCGGAGGGUGACAACAAGGUCUUCGAGAAUAGAUCGUCCGGAGCGUACAUUUUCAGGCCCAGAGAAGCGUCAGCUAGGACCUUCGUAUAUACCGGAACAUACAAAAUUCACAAAGGUCCCGUUGUGCAAGAGAUUCAUCAGACGAUAAACGAGUGGGUUAGCCAAGUGGUUCGAGUCUAUCCAGAGGAGGAGCAUAUUGAAUUUGAUUGGCUCGUUGGACCAAUACCUGUCAAGGACAAAAUUGGCAAAGAGAUUGUCACAAGAUUCACAAGCAACCUCGAAACGAACGGGGCGUUUUACACAGAUAGCAACGGAAGGGAGAUGCUAAAGCGCGUAAGAAAUUAUCGGCCAACGUGGGAUCUGGAGCUGGAAGAACCAGUAUCUGGAAAUUACUAUCCCGUAACCAGUAAAAUCGCAAUCAAGGACGAAGAGAAACAGCUGAAACUCAAUGUUCUGAACGAUCGUGCUCAGGGUGGAAGCAGCUUGAUAGACGGUGCCAUUGAAUUGAUGGUUCAUCGAAGACUUCUCAAGGACGAUGCGUUCGGUGUUGCGGAAGCGUUGAACGAAACCGCAUUCGGCGAAGGUUUAGUAGCGAGGGGUACGCAUUACCUCUUCGGCGGUGCAGUGAAGAACGUGGAUGAAUUCGUGUUGAAGGAGAAGGAACUCGCCCUUAAACUAGCCCUGCACCCUUGGAUCAUGGGAGGCCCCGUUACAUUUAAUAUCGCCACGGAUGUUGUAAUGGAACUCGCGGACAUAUUUGGAACUUCCCUCUCAGGACUUACGAAAGUAUUGCCGCCGAAUGUACACAUUCUCACUUUAGAACCGUGGAAGGAUGGCAAGAUCCUGUUGAGAUUGGAGCAUCUCUUCGAAGCUGGUGAAGCGCAACAGCUGUCUCAACCGGUUGAAGUUAACAUUCAGAGUCUGUUCUCAACCUUCUCGAUCGAAUCGAUCGAAGAGACCACGUUAGGCGCCAAUCAGCUGUUGAGCGAAAAUAAUCCUAUGAAGUGGAAAACGGAUACAAAUGAUAUCGUCGAAGAUGUUGAGGAAGAGACUGUACAACCCGUGGAAAUUCAAGACGACGUGGUCAAUGUUACUCUAAAACCGAUGGAGAUACGCACGUUUAUUCUCACAGUGAAACGAAAAGCUCUUUGUUUCAUGCCGGAGAUUUGGACUCAAACUCUUAUCACAGUGACACCGAAGAGAAACAGCUGUUUUAGACACCAGGAUGUCGAGGUGCGACAAAUCCGGGUGGAAACUAAGAUUUCCGCAGACGUUCAAGAACCUUUUACUAUAUCCCAGGAGGAUUUCACUCCUCCUGAGCCAUCUCCCAAGCACUUGAUCGAUCCCGAGGAAUUGGAACAGAGGUCUACCAGAGAUGCGGAGAACCAAACAUUUUUGCAGGGUGUUCCUACGGUGAUCAUACCAAUUCAGCAGAGGCAUGAAGUAUCACAGACGACGUAUACGCGCGGACACCCGCCCAAAAAAUAUUCUACAAUGAUGACUUCCAUGAACGCCAAGCCGCCCGUGUUCAAGAACGAUUGUCCGAGUCAAACGGAGAUUGGAAUUCCUCCCGGAACACCGCAGCAUGAAGCAGCGAAGUACUUAUCAAGCUGUACGCGUGAUAAACGAAGAAAUCCUUCGGAGGAUCCCGCAGACCCGGGAACGAUAGUCCACGAAAUUCUAAAUUUUCUGUUAUCUCGCACGCUCUGGAUAUCUGAUCCUGAUCUCUAUCAGGCUCCCGUCGAAACAACGUGCCAGGAGACGCAAACCGUAAUACGAUACAAUCCUAACACCGAUAGCAUAGUGAUGGACAGCGAGAUUCAGACGAAGCUGACAUGUAAGCCGAGACACUCCAACAGUAAACUGUUGGCUGAGUACGAGGAGACGAAGAGCUUCGUGCAAAGCUGUCUUCAGGAAUGUCUCGAAGGGAUCGAAUCCCGCGUCAUAAUUGACGAGCUGAUCGACGAGAUAAUUAUGAAAGGAGCAGAUAGGCUCAAGCAGCCCGUGUGCAAUCAAGAGAGUCAAACCGUGGCCAGUUACAGGUCCAGGGAAAAAGACGUGCUACGGAAAUUAAGGAUGCCCGUGGUGGUUGAUCCUCUCGAAGCAUCCACCGUCGUGGUGCCCCUGAUGGAUCAUCUGUUACGUUCGAUCUGCGACGAGGUGUCCCGAAACGCUCGACGCGUUGUCAAGGAUAUUUUGAAUUCGUCGAUUCGACAGACAGUCUUGAUCGGGUUCAAGCUGGAAAGGACCCGGAAACAGCUGCGACCCAAGUCCAUUGAACAAGUACUCGACCGAAGGAGGAAGAGGAUCGUCGAAGCUAUGUUGAGGAAGAGAACGGAGACUGCCGCCACUCAGACAGGUCUCGCUGGAGUUCCCGUGGUCGCGAAGAUCAAAGAGGAUAUCUUGUGCUCGGUCUACACCAGGCAAUCCAUAUGCCAUUGGUGCAGAAUAGGUCAAGAGGAGGUCGAUGCAUCGCUCGAAAGCACGAAAUUACUGCGUACGCAGGAUAUCCUACUGGCGUCUAAGCCGUGCUACGUCGUCGCGACAGCCUCAGAAGAGGCGAGGAACCCGCAUCUGCAAUCGACCGCCUUGAUGAAGAAGAAAUUAAUCACCGUCCAAUCACCUACACCUACACAAGUAACGUCUGAGAAAAUAGGUGACGCUAAGACCAUUAAUGUGCCGAUGACUCCGAAGAAAAGUUUUCACGAUCGAGGUAUGUGUGUUAAUUUUCGCAUAAUUCCUAUCUUUUUACAAUUUGCUUUCGUUUGUGAUAUAGAUUCCGUCAGUGGAUGGGCUCGUAUUAUUGACGACACGUUAGUAAAAUCCUGGUCUUUCAAAGGAUCUGCUGUUGCAACUAAUGCAACUAACGUCACCAUCACCAGUUUCGCGGCAACGUCGAUCUCGGAAUCCUGCUGCAAGAAAGCCUCUCAGUUCGAGAGUGUCUCGAGCUUGCAAGUUACGCGGGCACUGCAGAUAUUAAAGAACACAUUUUGCACCCGUGACACCUGUGCUGCUAAAACAUUAAAAAAAAAUCGUUUGCCCGAUAAGCGCAAGAACAAGGAACCUACAUCUUGUGAUUUAGAUAAUUGCACUCUAUUAAACCUCGAUCGAUGUCCUGAGCGAUCUAUUAAUAAAAUCGAUAGUCAGAUUUGCGCUAGGCCGCGAGCUGAUAAAUUUAGAGCUGCAUCAGCUUUGACGAAAUCUCGACGACAGAUAUGUAUGUUAAAAUAUUAAGCUGCGAGUCGUUGACAAAAAACGAUCUUUUCGACGAAUCUCGAUUGACGAGCAACAAGUAGGAAGAGAUUUGCAGUCACUUACGUAAUACGUGAGUUUAUUAUUCAAAUUAUCGCAUAAAUUAUUAUUAAUUAUUGUAAUUAUUGACGCAUAAAAUGUGUUCAAUUGUUCGUCAUAUACAUUAAUCUAAUAUUCUAAUACAAUCUGCACUGUGCGAAAUCCAUACGACGAAUACCAUAAUCUAAUUACACGAAACUAUACGAAACAAAUAUUAAAAAAUACAGUAAUUUUUGUGUGUAUUUAUAAAUAUCGCACGGCUCGGUACAACUGAGCAAUCGAUAACAUCGUGACGCGUAUACACGUGUAUUACGAUUUCGCUCGCUUCGAAACAGCGAGCUACUCUUGCGUAGCUACUCUUUACAAUAAUUAUUAACACGUGCUACGGAUGUUUAUUGCUGAACCAAUAUUUGCGUAGUAACAAUAUUAUUGACGGAACACUGCAAACACUGCGUCUUCUCCAAAUGUAGGAACAACAUGUUUACUAUCUUAUUUUUCUACAAUAAACAUGUCAACGUGUGAACGUGUUGUACUAACGCACAAUCUCUAAAUAUACGAGACAUUUUUCGCUAGAUAUACGAGACACUUUUCACAAUGUACUAAGAUACGUCUCUGCGAUUCUUGAUAUUUUUCGUCGCCUUCGUGAUCCAAAAGUGCUCGCACAAGGUGGGAAGAUUAGUCGAGAAUUCCUCACUGCACGCGAUCAAUCCAAAUCAGUAUCGCGUAAAGCGAGAUUGCGUAACGCGCGAUUAAGUUUACGCUCGAAGUGUCCUCUGAAAUGCUACGUGAACGCUGCAGCUGCCGAGAGAGAAAGAGCCGAGGUCGUCGAUCGCAUUCGAACAGGUGUGCGGAAACUACCGCGAAUAUUUGUCGCAGUUACGAAGUAACUCCCCGCAAAGAAAGCUCAAUCGCGCGUUUUACGAGAAA